AUGGAGGACGAUCCCUCGGGGGCUCCCACGCCAAACUCAUCCUUCCCUCUCCCUCUCCCUCUCCCUCUCCCUCUCAGCAUCACGGAGGAGGAGGAUGAUCCCCCCGGGGACUCCCACGCAGACCUCAAUCCCUCCCUCCCUCUCCCUCUCAGCACCACGGAGGAGGAGGAGGAUCCCCCCGGGGGCGCCCCGAGCGCGCUGAAGGAGGAGCUGCAGUGCCCCAUCUGCCUCGAGCCGUUCCGCGAGGCCGUCACGCUGCGCUGCGGCCACAACUUCUGCCGGGGCUGCGUGCGGCGCUCGUGGGAGCAGCAGGACCAUCAUCAUCAUCAUCAUCAGGAGCAGCAGCAGCAGCAGCAGCAGCGGCGGCCCCGCUCCUGCCCCCUCUGCAAGGAGGCCGCGGGCCGCCACGAGCCCCGCGUCAACCACACGCUCAGCAACCUGGUGGAGAUGCUGCUGCGGGACGCGGGGGGCUCCGGGGGGCCCGGGGGGCUCGGGGGGGCGGCGGCGGCCACGCUGUGCCCGCUGCACGGCGAGGAGGUGAAGUUCUUCUGCCUGCAGGACAAGGAGCUCACCUGCUGCUCCUGCCACGGCGCCCGCGGCCAGCACGAAGGGCACAGGGGGCGGCCCCUGAGGGAGGCGGCGGCUGAUUGUAGGUCGGAGCUGGAGCGGCUGGAGCGGCAGGUGAAGCAGGAAUUCCGGAAGCUCCACGAGUUCCUGUGGGAUGAGGAGAAGGCACUGCUGGCUCAGCUGCAGGAGGAGGCGCAGGGGAAGCAGGAGCUGAUCCAGGGAAAGCUGGAGCGCCUGGAGUGGGAGAGCCACGCCCUGCUGGCCGAGGCCGGGAUGCUGCAGCAGGAGCUGCUGCUGGAUGAUCACACCUUCCUCAAGAGCCACAGGAGCCGCAAGCGCAGGAUGGCGUGCACGGUGGAGGAGCCCGAGGCCGUUCCCUGGGGGUUGCUGCUGAACGUGCCCCGGUACCUGGGCUCGCUGCAGUUCAACGUCUGCAAGAAGCUGCUGGGCAGCGUCACCGCCG